AUGCCUCCGGCCCGAGGUCUUCGUACACGAGGUACAAUGAAUGAAAAUGACGAGAACGGGCCGUCGACGCGUCUGACACGAGCAAAGGCCGCUGCUCUGUCUGCAGGAGAUGUUCCAACAACCACCGCGGCUGCCAAAAAGCCCCUUCAGACCAAGAAGGCCGCCACCAACUCGACGACAACGGGAACACAAAGAAGACGCGCUGCCCUUGGAGAUGUCAGCAAUGUUACAAAAACGGAAAAUGGCGGGGCCAAGGAAACGAAGAAAGCCGCGUCUGGCAAGGUCGGCUUGACGUCGAAAGCUACCAUGCAGACCGGCGGUGUUCAAAAGCUGAGCCGGAACAACUCAUCACGUACCGCCUUGGGCGCCAAAGAUAACAGCGCAAAGAAGGAGAAGCCUGCGGUUGAAGGAAAGCGUCCCGGAAGUGGUUCUGGUAUCGGCAGCACACAGAUGAAACGGACGUCCAGCCAGAAAUCGGUACCGGAGAAGUCCCUGCAGGUUGAGGGACCGCCGCGCAAGAAGGUUGAAGUCGAGAAGAAUAUCACCGAGAAGAAGACAACCGUGGAAAAGGGUUCUGCAGCGAAGGAAGAUGCUGUGAUUGCCGCUGAGCCUGAAGUCGCCAAGAAGCCUGAGGACGUAGUCGACGACCUGGACACUGAAGAUUUGGACGAUCCUCUGAUGGCCGCUGAAUAUGUGGUGGAGAUCUUUGACUACCUCAGAGACCUGGAGUUGGAGACAUUACCCAACCCUCGCUACAUUGAGCACCAACCCGACCUCGAGUGGAAGAUGCGUGGCAUUCUUGUCGACUGGCUGAUUGAAGUUCACACACGCUUCCGUCUCCUCCCCGAGACGCUUUUCCUCGCUGUGAACAUCAUCGACCGUUUCCUUUCCGCUGAAGUUGUCGCUCUUGAUCGCCUUCAAUUGGUCGGAGUCGCCGCCAUGUUCAUCGCUUCCAAAUAUGAGGAAGUUCUUUCACCUCAUGUGGCCAACUUCAGUCACGUUGCAGACGAAACAUUCACAGACAAGGAGAUUCUUGAUGCCGAACGCCACAUCCUAGCCACUCUCGAAUACAACAUGAGCUAUCCCAACCCCAUGAACUUCCUCCGUCGUAUUUCAAAGGCAGACAAUUAUGACAUUCAGACUCGUACCCUCGGCAAGUACCUCAUGGAGAUUAGCCUUUUGGAUCAUCGCUUCAUGUGCUAUCCUCAAAGCCACGUCGCCGCAGCCGCGAUGUACCUUGCUCGGCUGAUCCUGGAACGUGGGGCUUGGGACGCCACCCUAGCGCACUAUGCUGGCUAUACCGAGGAAGAGAUCGACCCUGUCUUCCGAUUGAUGAUCGACUACCUUCACCGUCCUGUAUGUCACGAAGCGUUCUUCAAGAAAUACGCAAGCAAAAAGUUCCUCAAGGGUAAGCUCUCCAAGAUCAUGCCGUCGGAAUUCAACAGCAACUAA